AUGAAUGGAAAGACUCUCUUUCAGUUUAAUAAUGAGAGUCCGGUCACACCUUCUGGUAAGCUGACAAAGGAGGAAAAUGCCACGGAGCCGUGCCCGGUUUUGCCCCAAAGUGUGAAAAAUAUUUUAGAAGUGAUGAGGAACCAGCUACGUCACAUAGAACCAGAACAGUUGAAGACCAUGGGUAAUAACACUUUGCAGGUCACCAUGAUAUCUCAGUAUAAUCAAGGACAAUUCACUGGUGCCUUCUGCAAGUUCACCAUUGAUGGACAGUCUUCCUUUAGCUUUCAUCCAACUAAAGAUAUCUGGACAGCGAAUGGUCCUGAUGCUAGCAGUACCAUGAGGCCAUGGGAGAAAAACAGGGAACUACGACAGGGUCUACGGAGGCUGCUCAAGGGAGAUUUCAGACACUGCUACCAGAAAUUUUUGACACUCUGGAGACAAACACCAAGACCAACAAAAAAGGCCUGGGAUACCACCCAUCCUACAUCUGCUGUCCAGAGUCGAAACAUGACCUGGGUGGUGAUUCUAUGUAUAGCAGGAUUAAUCUUCAUCAAAUUGGUCACUUAGGAGACUAUGAUGGUGAAGAAAAAAGGUGCUCCCUGCUGCUCCUCUUCCUCUGCAGUCCUCAUCACCAGCUAUUUUGGGUGACACUUGAACACUGCCUGUGCAUCUUCAGCAAAGGAAGCAAACGCAUUUCUGAUGGAAUCUGGGAAAUCUGUGCUGUUGACUUCGGAGCAGAUGGUGGGAACCCAUGAGACUGAUGGCCGACAAAGACUCAGGCCCCAGGGCAUCAGAGUGCACGAGGCUGUUGCUUUAGCUACUUUCUCUCGCUCUCUACCUUCCUUCCUUCUUAUUCUUGGAUGGUAGUGUUAUGGAGAUCAAGCCAGGCCUAGCUCUAAAUUAUUCAUCACUGUACAAAACAGGAGCUUGCCCUGGGUGACUCUAUUUUACAAGGAGAAGUUGGCUGCCUUCUGAGUGUCAAGUACAGGUAGGGUGACAUGACACUUCACUUUCCAUGCAGACACAUGUCAGCCCAGGACCAUCCAUGAUGCAAAGGUUGGUAAUUA